CCUCUUGUCACUGUUCCAGUUGAUGCUCCCUGAGGUUGUUCAGAAUGGCCCAGUUGGUUGGUGCCGAUGAAAUAGAAUCUCUGAGAUUUGAUCUAGCAGAGAUAGGAAGAAGCUUGAGAUCUUCAUUUCGGCAUUAUACUUCUAGUUUCCGGAGCAGUUUGGACUAUAAAUCUCUGGAUGAAGACAUUGAUAAUGAAAUUGUAUUAGAGUGGGCUGCAAUUGAAAGAGUGCCUACUUUUGAAAGGUUGAGCUUGUCUUUGUUUGAUCAAAAUGAUGGAAGCAGAACUGAUCUUAAAAGAAAACAAGUAGUCAAUGUUACUCAGCUUGGUGCUUUAGAGCGGCAUGUGUUCAUUGAGAGGCUCAUCAAACAUAUUGAGAACGACAACCUCCGGUUGCUGCAGAAACUGAGAAAAAGAAUGGACAAGGUUGGUGUAAAACUGCCCACUGUGGAAGUGAGAUACAAGAAUCUCCAAGUGGAAGCAGAGUGUGAGAUAGUUCAUGGAAAACCCCUCCCAACUCUAUGGAAUUCUCUCAAAAGCAUGGUUCAUGAUUGUGCUAAGCUUCCAGGUUUAAAGUCACAAGAAGCCAAGAUAACGAUUAUUGGCGGUAUCAGUGGUAUCAUUAAGCCUGGAAGGAUGACUCUAUUGCUUGGUCCUCCAGGAUGUGGGAAGACUUCUUUAUUAAAAGCACUUUCUGGAAAUUUGAGCAAAUCUCUUGAGGUUACAGGGGAAGUUUCUUAUAAUGGGUACAAACUCGAAGAGUUUGUUCCCCAGAAAACGUCUGCCUAUAUCAGUCAAAAUGACCUACAUAUCCCUGAGAUGACUGUGAGGGAAACACUUGAUUUUUCAGCCCGAUGUCAGGGCACAGGAAGCAGGGCAGAGAUUAUGACUGAUAUCAGCAGAAGAGAGAAACAGGCAGGGAUUAUCCCAGAUCCAGAUAUUGAUACUUACAUGAAGGCUACUUCCAUUGAAGGAAAAAAGACAAACCUUCAGGCAGACUACAUCUUAAAAAUUCUUGGACUCGAUAUUUGUGCUGAUACAAUAGUUGGAGAUGCCAUGAGAAGAGGCGUCUCUGGUGGUCAAAAGAAAAGAGUAACUACAGGGGAAAUGAUUGUAGGUCCCACAAAAGCUCUAUUCAUGGAUGAAAUAUCAAAUGGAUUAGACAGUUCCACCACGUAUCAGAUUGUUACUUGUCUUCACCAACUGGCGCAUAUCAUGGAUGCUACCAUACUUGUGUCACUCCUUCAGCCAUCCCCAGAAACCUUUGAUCUUUUUGAUGAUGUUAUCUUGAUGGAUGAAGGGAAAACUGUUUAUCAUGGACCUCGAAGUCAUGUUUUAGAAUUUUUUGAAGAGUGUGGGUUUAGAUGCCCUGAAAGGAAAGGGGUAGCUGACUUUCUUCAGGAGGUUAUAUCAAGAAAAGAUCAAGCACAGUAUUGGUAUCGAACUGAACAAGCUCAUAGUUUUUUCUCAGUUGAUAUGUUUUCUAGGAAAUUCAAGGAGUCAUUUCUAGGGAAGAACCUAGAUGAGGAGAUUUCAGAGCCCUUCCCGAAAGCCCUGUGCCACAAGGAUGCCAUUUUUUUUAGUGUGUAUUCCCUUCCUAAAUGGGAAUUGUUUAAAGCUUGCAUGUCAAGGGAAUUUCUUCUAAUGAAGAGGAAUUCCUUUGUGUAUAUAUUCAAAGCAACUCAGCUUGUUGUCAUCGCCACUAUCACAAUGACUGUGUUUUUGCGAAGUCAAAUGGAUGUUGAUGUUGUUCAUGCAAACUAUUACCUGGGUGCUCUGUUCUAUGCUCUCGUCAUUGUUCUAGUUGAUGGAUUUCCAGAGUUGUCCAUGACUGUAGCAAGACUUGCAAUUUUCUACAAACACAGAGACUUAUGCUUUUACCCUGCUUGGGCAUAUGCAAUUCCAGCCACCAUUCUCAAGAUCCCUUUUUCACUGUUGGAAUCUCUUGUUUGGACUUGUCUGACUUAUUAUGUCAUUGGAUACAGUCCUGAGGCCGGGAGGUUCUUCCGCCAUUUCAUUCUGCUUUUUGCUGCGCACUUAACGUCAGUAUCCAUGUUCCGUUUCAUAGCAUCUAUUUUUCGUACUGUGGUUGCUUCCACCACAGCUGGUGGUUUGGCUAUAUUAGCUGUCUUAUUAUUUGGUGGCUUUAUUGUACCAAAAUCUGCUAUGCCAAUUUGGUUGAAAUGGGGAUUUUGGGUUUCACCAAUAACAUAUGGGGAGAUAGGUCUUGCUGUAAAUGAAUUCCUUGCUCCGCGAUGGCAACAGACACUGCCAACAAACAUUGCGAUAGGUCAAGAAACACUUGAAAGCCAUGGAUUGAAUUUUGAUGAUUACUUCUUCUGGAUUUCACUUGGUGCCUUAUUUGGGUUUGCAGUACUUUUCAAUACUGGCUUUGCCCUGGCGUUGAGUUUCUUUAAGCCUCCUGGCUCUCGUGCUGUUAUUACAAGUGAAAAACUUUCUCAAAUUCAAGCAAGUGAAGAUUCCUUGAUUGGUAUUCACUUGGAUGGGAAGUCCAGAGGUUCCCCUACAGAUGUUGUGACAGAACCAAACAAAGGGAAAAUGGUUUUACCUUUUGAACCUCUAAUAGUGGUGUUUCGAGACUUGCAAUACAAUGUAGAGACCCCCUCGGCAAUGAGAGAAAGGGGUCUCGCCCAGAAAAGACUCCAACUUCUGUCUGAUAUAUCAGGUGUAUUCAGACCUGGUAUUCUUACAGCAUUGAUGGGUUUUAGUGGAGCUGGGAAAACAACUCUUAUGGAUGUCCUUUCUGGAAGGAAAACUAGUGGUACUAUUGAGGGAGAAAUAAGAAUUGGUGGGUAUCCUAAGGUUCAAGACACAUUUGCAAGGAUUUCGGGAUAUUGUGAACAAGCUGACAUACAUUCUCCUCAAAUUACCAUUGAAGAAUCAGUUACUUAUUCUGCUUGGCUUCGUCUGCAUCCUCAGAUUGAUUCAAAAACUAAAACUGAAUUUGUCAAAGAAGUGCUUGAGGUCAUUGAGCUAGAUGGAAUCAAAGAUUCUUUAGUUGGUUUGCCAGGCGUCAAUGGUUUAUCAACUGAGCAACGGAAACGGCUAACCAUAGCUGUGGAGCUUGUUGCUAAUCCUUCAAUUAUUUUCAUGGAUGAACCUACAUCUGGAUUGGAUGCUAGAGCAGCUGCCAUUGUCAUGCGUGCUGUGAAGAAUGUGGCUGAUACAGGAAGAACUAUUGUCUGCACCAUCCACCAACCGAGUAUUGACAUAUUCGAAUCAUUUGAUGAGUUAAUUCUAUUGAAACCUGGUGGGCGUAUUAUCUAUUCUGGGCCAUUGGGUCAGCAUGCAAGUAGUGUCAUUGAAUAUUUUGAGAGUAUCUCAGGGGUACCAAAGAUCAGAAAAAAUCACAACCCCGCAACAUGGAUGUUAGAGGUCACUUCUCCAUCUUCAGAAGCUGAACUUGGUGUUGAUUUUGCCCAAAUUUAUAAGAAUUCUUCUUUGUACCAGAACAAUAAAGAGCUUGUAAAGAGGUUCAUUACUCCACCUCCUGGUUCAAAAGACUUGUACUUCCCAACCCGCUUUUCACAGAACAGUUGGGGACAGUUCAAGUGCUGUCUCUGGAAACAACACUUGUCUUAUUGGAGGAGUCCUUCGUACAACUUGAUGCGUUCAAUGUAUACACUUAUAGCCUCGUUGCUUUUCGGGUUUCUAUUUUGGGAUCAAGGGAGGAAAAUAAACAACCAACAGAGUUUGCUCAACAUACUUGGUCUAAUGUUUGCUGCUGUGAUCUUCUUGGGCAUAAAUAAUUCCUCAUCAGUUUUGCCAUACGUAUCGACUGAGCGAUCUGUUCUAUACCGGGAAAGGUUAGCUGGGAUGUAUGCUCCUUGGGCUUAUGCACUAGCACAGGUUACAAUUGAGGUUCCUUAUCUGCUUGCCCAAGCUCUUGCAUUCACAGUCCUCACAUAUCCCAUGGUUGGGUUUUAUUGGUCUGCUUAUAAAGUCUUCUGGUACUUCUACAUCAUAUUUUGCACAUUGCUCUACUUCACCUAUCUGGGGAUGCUACUUAUCGCGGUGACACCAAGCUUCCCAGUAGCUGCGAUUCUACAAUCUACCUUCUACACAAUGUUUAAUCUCUUCUCUGGUUUUGUAGUUCCUCAACCGCAAAUUCCCAACUGGUGGCUAUGGUUUUACUACCUAAUCCCAACAUCCUGGUCGAUAAACGGGCUGCUUACCUCGCAGUAUGGAGAUAUAGAGGAGGAGAUUGUGGUUUUUGGAGCAAAAUCCGUGGCGGCCUUCUUGAGAGACUAUCUAGGGUUCCACCAUGAUCACUUGGGUCUGGUGGCAGCUCUUCUCAUUGUUUACCCCAUUCUUUUUGCUGCCUUGUUUGCAUACUGCAUUGGAAAGUUGAAUUUCCAGAGAAGAUGAUUGUUCUGAGAGCCAUUUGCUUUGUAUUGUGUAGACACUCAAAACUAUAUAUUUCUGUUCUUA